UUGAUUCUACACACAUUUGGAACGUUCGACGGAGUCGCGAAACACUUUUUUUUUUGUUGGUGAACCUUGACAAAACGUUACUUAUUGUUUUGUGAUCGAUUCUGUGUGCCGCGCGAGAACUCUUCCGGAUAAACGAUUUGCAACAAGCAGUACGCGGCGGCAAGCGAUUGCUGUCAUGUGACCUCUUUUGAGGAGAUAUGUCUUCCGUAUACCAGCGAAUACUCAUCAACCUGCACAUUCUGGCCCUACUUUUUUGUGUAAUUUUUGAGUUUCAACCCAGAGAACCCGAAUCUCUCACCGAACUCCUGGUCAACCAGUGCGAGUUCGACACGCAGCACCUCUGUCCAGAAUGCUUUGCCAGCUCCGCGGUCAACUGUGGCCACUUGGCGAACCUCGUCAACAUCGAUCCGUGGAACCAGCUAACCUGUAGGUAUAACCCACAUGGAGUCAGCUACGGUCUGCUGAGUAGUGGGAAGAAGGCGGUAAUCAAGAAACUCAACAAAAAUCGAGCCAUUGAAGCAUUGCGGGAUGCCGUUUGUGACGAGCUUGGAACAAGUCACUCUAAUUGUAAAUUCAAAAGUGAUGAAAAUGUUCUUAAAGUUCUUCGGCGAAAAGUGCUCGCGCAAGAGUUGGAAGGGUGCAUAAUUUGUCCCUCAAAAAAUGAGAAAGCUUUACAUCGUCUCUUGGAUGAGUUUAAGGGUACAGAGCUGUUGAAACUGAUAUUGCUGCAGAUUAACGUGCAGCCGUUGCUGCUAGAGCUAUUCGAUGGUCAUGGUUUUCCCGUUCCAACAGUGAUUUUCCAAGGAGGGUUCCAGCUAUUGGAGAGCUUCGAUGGGGAUGCGGUCGUCAAUUUCUACGACAGUUCGCUGAACACAAGACUGAGAAUAGCCAAAGAGUUGAUUCAAGCUAGUUUUCGAUUUACAGAAGGAAUCAAAGGAUUUAGGUUCUACCUCACCGACAUCAACCCAGACAACAUAGCCGUCCAGGCGCAGCCCAGCGGAUCCUUCCAAGUGUCCUUCAUCGAUCUCGACAAUGUGAUAAUACUCGAUAGCCAAAGCAAGCAACUUGAUAGCCGAUCCAAAGCUCGACACAUCCACUCGCGAAUCGACUGCGAUGGAUGCUUUGCCUACGUUCAGGAAGAUCUCUGCUCGUACCAGCACAGUGAUAUUAACCAGUUCGCCAUUUGCCAGCUGUUGUACGAAAACUUGAACGGCGAUAGAGAGGGAGGCUUCCUUCACAUUCAACCAAAUGAUGAUUCGCAGCCCGGACUGAGCGAGAUUCGACGGCAUUUGCACCAUUGCGUGUACUGCGUUCCACCGGACUGUCGGGACCGCCAAGGGCUUCUUCAACAGGUCCGGGAGAUUAUCAACGCCAUUUUAGUUGAAUCCUAGUUGUUUAUUUUAAGCUAGAUUAACGAAAAACUCACCUAGUCGAUGAUGCUCGGUUUAUCCUCCGCCGGAGAUUUUAGAUUUGAACAAACAAGUGCUCGAACUUGCGCGAUCUCUUCCCUUAGCUCCUUCAAGUCCUGCAUCGCCCGUUUGGUCAGAUGACCUUCUGGAGUUGUGGGAUGCUCGAACAGUAACAUGCUGAUGGACUGCUUCAGACCUGAUUCUCCUUUGAUAAGAUUAUCCUAAAUAAAUAAACUCAAGUAAAUAAAAUGUUGAAACCCGAA